GAAAAUCCCACCCGCACGGCACCUCUCCUUCACCAUACACAACACCUUGAACGCCGAGCCUACCUCUCUAAUUGACUGGCAGCUCAGGCUCUCUCAGCCAUCGGCAAACCACAUCGCGACACUUGACCUGCCUCUAUCAACGCCCACAACGGUCUGGUUUUCUUGCGCAAGCGCGUCUAAGUCGCGUGUUAGUGGCGUGCAGCCCACUACUCGAUAGUAAUUGUAGUCAGCCAUGGCUCCCCGUCCGCGGCCCAGCGACAACGAGACGGACGCGUCAAUGCCGGACGCGCCCGAAUUAGGCAAUCACACCGGCAUCGUUAUGGACGUCGACGAGACCCCCGACUACACCGAUUCGGACACGAACCCUAACACUACGGCUAGUAGCGUGAUUGGUGAACCUGUGGGUGAUGGCCGUAAGAGGCGCACCGAGGUCAACCAGCUGCGACGGAGCAUCUUUGGAAAGAAGCAUGACAGACUAGGGGAGUCAAAGGAGGAUGAUACUAUUCGACGUUUUCGAUAUCUUCUCGGCCUGACAGAUUUAUUCCGCCACUUCAUCGAGACGAACCCCGACCCCAAGAUUCGCGAAAUCAUGAAUGAGAUUGAUCGGCAAAACGAGGAAGCCGCUCGAGCGAAGAAAGGCGCCGGUCGCCAGGGCGGUGCUACUAGCGAGCGACGUCGCCGGACCGAAGCCGAGGAAGAUGCCGAGCUACUAAAAGACGAGAAGCGUGGUGGUGCAGCGGAAACAGCUUUCCGCGAGUCUCCUGUCUUUAUCCAGGGCACCAUGCGAGACUACCAAGUGGCCGGAUUGAACUGGCUAAUAUCGCUGCACGAGAACGGCAUCUCCGGAAUUCUUGCCGAUGAAAUGGGUCUUGGCAAGACACUGCAGACGAUAUCCUUUCUAGGAUACUUGCGACACAUUAUGGGAAUUACUGGUCCCCAUCUGGUCAUAGUACCCAAGUCCACACUCGACAACUGGAAUCGCGAGUUCACAAGAUGGACUCCAGAAGUGAAUGUCUUGGUGUUGCAGGGUGCCAAGGAGGAGCGUCACCAGCUCAUCAACGACCGCCUUGUAGACGAAAACUUCGAUGUCUGUGUCACCAGCUACGAGAUGGUCCUUCGAGAGAAAUCUCAUCUCCGAAAGUUUGCGUGGGAAUACAUCAUUAUUGACGAAGCCCACCGAAUCAAGAACGAGGAGUCGUCCUUAGCGCAAGUGAUCCGGAUGUUCAACUCGAGAAAUCGUCUCCUCAUCACCGGAACGCCGUUACAGAACAACCUGCACGAGCUCUGGGCCCUUCUCAAUUUCCUUUUGCCAGACGUCUUUGGCGACUCGGACGCAUUCGACCAAUGGUUCUCAGGUCAAGACAGGAACCAGGACGAGGUUGUCCAGCAGCUUCACCGAGUCCUACGGCCAUUCCUACUUCGCCGCGUGAAGAGCGACGUGGAGAAAAGCUUGCUGCCCAAAAAGGAAGUCAAUGUCUAUAUUGGAAUGUCCGAGAUGCAGGUUAAGUGGUACCAAAAAAUCUUGGAGAAGGACAUUGACGCCGUCAACGGAGCGGGCGGGAAACGCGAGUCCAAAACGCGCCUCUUGAACAUUGUCAUGCAGCUUCGGAAAUGCUGCAAUCAUCCAUACCUCUUUGAGGGCGCCGAACCUGGCCCGCCAUAUACCACGGACGAACAUCUUGUCUACAAUGCCGGCAAAAUGAUGGUUCUGGAUAAGCUCUUGAAGAGAAUGCAGAGACAGGGAAGCCGAGUACUUAUUUUCUCUCAGAUGAGCCGCCUGCUGGAUAUUCUUGAGGAUUAUUGUGUGUUUCGGCAAUACAAGUACUGCCGUAUCGAUGGCGGCACCGCUCACGAAGAUCGUAUUGCGGCUAUUGACGAAUACAACAAACCGGGCUCCGAGAAGUUUGUCUUCUUGUUGACAACAAGAGCUGGAGGCCUCGGCAUCAACUUAACAAGCGCUGAUAUUGUUGUCUUAUAUGAUAGCGACUGGAACCCGCAGGCCGAUCUACAAGCUAUGGAUCGCGCGCAUCGUAUUGGUCAAACCAAACAGGUGGUCGUAUAUCGAUUCGUCACAGACAAUGCCAUUGAAGAGAAAGUCCUAGAGCGAGCAGCACAAAAGCUGCGUCUUGAUCAGCUAGUUAUCCAGCAAGGCCGCGCGCAAGUCGCUGCGAAGGCCGCUGCUAACAAGGACGAACUUCUGUCCAUGAUUCAACAUGGCGCUGAGAAAGUCUUCCAGACCAAAGGGGCGUUCGGCAAACUAGCAGAGAAUGGGGGUGAGCUGCAUGACGAUGAUAUUGACGCGAUUCUCGAAGCCGGCGCGAGUCGGACCAAGGAACUGAAUGCGAAAUAUGAGAAGCUUGGCAUUGAGGACCUGCAAAAGUUCACGUCCGAGUCAGCAUACGAAUGGAACGGGGAGGACUUUGCAGCUCGCAAAAAAGACAUCGGCAUCAGCUGGAUCAAUCCAGCAAAGCGGGAGCGAAAGGAGCAGAUUUACUCGAUCGACAAGUACUACAAGCAGGCAUUACAGACUGGUGGACGGACGGCCGACACGAAACCCAAGGCUCCUCGAGCUCCAAAGCAGGUGCCUGUGCACGACUACCAGUUUUACCCACCGAGGCUCCGCGAGCUCCAAGACCGGGAAACCGCCUUUUACCGAAAGGAGAUUGGCUACAAAGUUCCUCCUCCCGACAAAGACGACGAGAACCUGUCAGAACGCGAAGCUGAGAGGGCCCUCGACCAACAGGAGAUUGACGACGCAACCCCGUUGACUGAGGAAGAGCAGGAAGAGAAACAGAGGCUGGCCCUGCAAGGCUUUGGCGAAUGGAACCGGCGAGACUUCCAGCAGUUCGUCAACGGCUCAGGACGCUAUGGCCGGACAGAUUACGAGGGCAUCUCCCUCGAAGUCGACAGCAAGACUCCAGCAGAGAUUAAAGCUUAUGCGAAGGUAUUCUGGCAACGAUUCGCUGAGAUUGCGGAUUACCCAAAAUAUAUAAAGGUCAUCGAAGACGGCGAAGAGCGCAUGCGCAAAAUCGAGCAUCAGCGCAAGAUGCUGCGCAAGAAAAUGAGCCAGUAUCGUGUCCCGUUGCAGCAACUCAAGAUCAACUAUUCAGUUUCGACCACCAACAAGAAGGUUUACACAGAAGAGGAAGACCGGUUUCUGUUGGUAUUGCUCGAUAAGUAUGGUGUCGACUCUGAGGGUAUCUACGAGAAGAUCCGGGACGAGAUUCGAGAGAGUCCACUUUUCCGCUUCGACUGGUUCUUUUUGAGCCGCACGCCCACAGAAAUUAGUCGCCGCUGCAGCACCCUCCUUACCACCAUUGUCAAGGAGUUUGAGGAUGUUAACACUACUAAAACAAACGGCGUUAAUGGAAAGCUUAAGAGGGAACCUGAGGACGACGAGAAUGAUGAAGAUAGUAUACUCGGUAUGGCUCCAGCCAAGAAGAAGACCAAGGCGAAUGGUGUCAAGAACAAGAAUCUUGAUAACGUCAAGUCGGCGACCGGCAGCAAGGCGAACUCUACUUCUCCAUCUAGAGCCUCAAGUGUCUUGUCUACGAACUCGAACGCUGCAGCCUCCAAGGGGAAGGGAAAGGGCAAGAAGAAGUGAGAGUGCGAAGAUCUGUGCUAAAGAACGAGAAUCGGGAGGUCCGGGAAGGGAGGUCUAGUGAUGUGAGGCGUGCAUGAUGGAGUGACGUUUUCUACUUGGCUGGCUGUUUUGUGGUUGGGAAUUAAACGUCGGUUGCGUAAAGGGGGGAGGGAUUCGGGUUUCCACUUAAGCCUAGAGAGGACGGGCGUUGGGCUGUUUGCUUUGUCAAUCUUCCUACAAGAGUCUCAGUUAUAGGCCAACAAGUCUUGCUUUGUUAGUAUACCGUUGGGUGCGGUGGGUAUCGAGUCUUUUAACAGAAAUAUCUCAUUGUUUGGUACUCAGAG